AUCUCAAAUGCCCGACAAUUUAUCGGCAAUAUUUGGAACAAUACUGGAUUAUGCAGAGGAAGUAGCAGCGGGGACAUCUAAUGAGAACGACGAAAGGCCUCCACGAACAAGUUUAACGAAAAAGCAACAAAAAGCCGUAUCAAUUCUGCGGAAUUUCUCAACAAACGACCAGAAACAAGAGAUCUCAUUUCAAGAACUAUCACAGAACGUUCUCGACGACUGGGACAUUUCAAAUAUCAAAUCUUCGUCGGUUCAGCAACUCGUUGAGCUCCUAAAUUUGCCACGUGUACAGGGAGUAUUAUGGGCGGCGCAGGAAAUUUCAGCCGGGCGGUUUGCUCCGCAGCUUCCAGACGUUCCGUUCGAAGUUGACGAGGAUGAUGGGGUCGCUGUGAAAAUUGUGCGAAUAGUGCGACGUGGCGAACCCCUCGGUGCAACAAUAAAAUGCGAACGUGGCAAAGUAUACGUGGCACGAAUAAUGGCGAACGGUGUGGCAGACCGUAGUGGAUGUAUUCAGGAAGGCGAUCGAGUAUUGGAGGUCAAUGGGAUUACUGUAGCGGAUAAGGAGCCCAGGGAAAUCGUGAAGCUGCUGGAUAAAUGUGAUAAUGGAAUUAUAACCUUCAAGCUGAUCCCUGCAGAAAUAAACCAGAAGUUAAAGCAGAAAAAGUCGUCACAUCGGUAUGCCCGAGCUUUGUUCGACUACGAUCCAUGGCAGGACAAACGUCAUCCCUGCCCAGAAGCUGCAAUUUCCUUCCGCGGCGGUGAUAUUCUAGAGAUCCUCGACGAAAAGGACCAAUAUUGGUGGCAAACUCGAAAAAUCGGAUUCGGAGCACUGGCGAGGCGGAAAGAGAGUCAUGAUGACGAGAAUCGAGAUGAUUCCAAAAAAGUGGGUCUCGUACCGUCGGAAUGGCUACAGUGUCAAUCGGAAAUUCCAGAAAAUGGAAUAGAUACUUCAGAUGAUUUUCAGUCAUUUUUAGAGAAUCACAAAGGACGCUUCUACGAGAGUGUAUUUCGAUGGAGAAAUAAGAAAAAACGGCGACGAGUCGUUGUGCUUCUCGGUGCUCCAGGAGUCGGUAGAAAUGAGAUUCGACGGCAAUUUUUCAAAGUUUUCGCCGACAGAUUUACAAACGCUAUUCCGCACACGAGUAGGCCGCAGAGACCAAAUGAAUCGGAUGGUGUCAACUAUUAUUUCACGUCGCGUUCAGAAAUGGAGCGAAUGAUUGAACGAAAAGAAAUGCUCGAAUACGGAGAAUUUCGCGAUAAUUUAUACGGAACCGCACUGAAAUCUGUCAGAAAAGCCAGCGAAAAGGGCACCGUGCUCCUGACACCACAUCCGCUUGCAAUUGAGAAUAUCCGUACAUGGGAAUUCGCGCCGAUUGUGAUUUUUGUGCAACCGCCCGAGUUUGGCGAGUUUAAGCACACCCGAGAAGUCUACCGCUCCCAAACGACACGUUCCCACUCGGCAGCCUCAUCCUCAAACAUUUCCCAGAAUACCGCUGCAACGAGUGCGGCGCGAGCAUUUUCCGACGUCGAAAUCCGUCAAAUUAUCGAUAAUUCGGCACAAAUGGAGCAAAAGUAUCGUGGUUAUUGUGAUGCGAUUAUUCGAAAUGUUGAUCUAGAUACUACUAUGAAUGAGCUCACUGGACUCAUUUAUCAACUCGAGUCAAAAGCCACGUGGAUGCCGAUGAAAUGGCUUGAUGAUAUUGGAGAAUAGCGUGGUUUUUAGGAAUUUUAGAGGAAAUUUUUUUUUAUUUUGGAACUUUUUUUUCAAAUUUGGCCAAUAACCGGGAUUUUCAAGUUUGAAUUUAAAGGUGGUGUAGUCGUCGAAUUUUUUAAAAAUUGCUUUAUUAGACUCAAAAUUGUCUGAAAACAACGAAUUUCAUAAUGAAACUUCUUGAAAACUUUUCAAAAAAAAGUUAUGACGGCUCAAAAAAUGGCCUAAAAAAAAUUGCCUAAGAAAAUUUUAAAAUUUGACCAACUUGUCGAUGCCGCAGCGGUUGGAAUCUUUUUUUUCUGAAAUCACUGUCAAAUUUUGAGUAUACAUGUUGAUAAUUCUGCGUUUUAAACUUGAUUUCGGUAUUUUAAAGUCGAUGGACGUUGACAAGUCGGUCAAAUUUCAAAUUUUAACUAGUUUUAGUUUUAGUUUUUUUUUUUUUUGAGCCGUCAUAACUUUUUUUGAAAAGUUUUAAAGAAGCUUCAUCAUAAAAUUCGGUGUUUUCGGACAAUUUUAAGUCUAAUAAGGCAAUUAAAAAAAUUCGACCACCUUUAAGGAAAUAAGAAACGGAUCUGGGUCUGCUAAAUAUUGUUUCUAAAAUUUCCGAUUCUAAAAUUUUUCCAGAAAUUCCUGAAAACCCCCUCCCUUAUCAAAUGUGAAUAUUUUAAUCAAUUUCUAUUUUUUUUCCCUGGCUUUUGCUACGUGGCCGUCAAAAGAAAACCUACGGCCACACACUGCAAAUUCCAAAUUACAUAUUUUACUCCCGUUUCAUGACUUUCAAAUUUUCAAAAAAAAAAAAACGAUUCUCUGUAUUUCUUUUUUGUGGUGCUUUAAUUUUUUUUCUGUUCAAUUUUUCGAAUUUUUCGACGAUUAUCAAUUGGAUUGUUUUAGCUUUAAAAAUACGUUAUUACAAUUUUUCCUAAUAAAAUUUUUUAAGAAAC